CAGGGAAAGAGAAAGAAGCCGUUUAUAGACAAGAAAAGCGCUCAUAGUUUUCAGCUUGUUCAUCGAAGUCAAAAGGAUCCGCUUCAAGCUGAUGAGGAGAGCUCCAAGCACGUCUUACUGCCCUUAGAUUCUGAAAAUCAGGUAAAGAUCCAUCAUUUAUCAUAGUUAAUUCCUACAACCCAGACUCCAGCUGAUACCUCUCUGUUACUCUUGUAACCAUUUUCACAGGAAAAAAUAACAGAUUCCCAUUUUUGGAUAUUUUAGGGUAUUUAAAGAAUACCAACAAAAGUCCCAAAUUUGGAAGAGUGAGACAGGUCCCAAUCUGCGAACUUGGUGGGAAUGCCCUCGUUGGGACUUGUCUCACUUUGCCAAAUUUGGGAUUUUUAUGGGUAUUCUUUAAAUACCCUAAAACAUCCAAAAAUGGGAAUCCGUUAUUUUUUCCAGUGUUUCUCAUUGGAAUUGGAUCAUCCAGCUUUGCAUCUUCUCCAAGGUGUCUUAAAACUUCCUAAAAACUGGCCAUGCAGGUUUUGGUUUAAUAGUCCAGCUUCGAAUUUAAAAUUACCGCUGAAUACAAACAUUAACAACACAUUCAUAUAGGGUUAGCCUUGACAUAACGUAACAUAUUCACAAAUUCCAGCAAAUAAGUGUUUUUUAAUUGAAAUUUGGAAAUACACAAUAGACAGAGUAAUAAACAAGUCUUCGUCUCGUUGAAAUUUGUGAAUAUAUUUACUUCAGAUUGAGGCUAAGCCUGUAAAAGAUACAUCUUCACUUCUUUUUUUUUCAGCGGUCAUAGUGAACUCAAAGCUGGAGUAUUAUAUUCAAGACUAGUAGGUUUCUUAGGAGUUUCAGUCUUGGAAUACAUAAAUAAAAUAAUGAAUAAAUAGAGGCAUGAUUCCCACUGCCCCCAUUUCACUGGCACCUAUGGAGGGCAUGAUUCUAAUGUAACAGGUCCCUUUUUUUGCCUCAAUUCAGGUUCAGACAACUCUCUGAUCAGGGCUCAAAAUAACAGUCUGUCAAUGGACAAUGUCUGGCUAGAAUAGCAACUGGACCGCCCCAAAACUUCAAUUGCCGGUCAUGUUGACCAGUCACGCUCACUCUCAUUCUAGAACAAAGAGCUAAUUCCUGAGCACCUACAGAUCUUACACUUUUGUCGCUUGUAAAAAUACGAUCACUAUCACAAAUAGAAAGUAACAAAAGGAUUUGUUAACUUUUUUCCUUUAUUUUUUUAUUGGUCAAAAAUGAGACUUGACCAAGCAAAAAUUUCUUUGGCUGGUUAUCAUGUCCAGCCAUCGUAAGAAAAUUAUUUUGGAGCCUUUGUAUAGAUAAGAAAUAAAAAAAAGAGCCAUCGUAGCUUAUACGCUCACAAGUGUAUUAUUUUUUUCUUUGUCUUCAGGGUACAAGUGGUAGUGGUUCUAAGUGAGUACAUUGUUACACUUCCUUUUACAAUUUUGCACAAUUUUUGUUUUCCAAAGUAGAAAGAAAGGCUAAAGUAAACAUGCAAGUGAAACAAACAUUUCUGUGAUUACAGACCUGCCUACUUUUUCUGUCAAAUGCGUGAGAUUUUCACCUCUUCAUGACCUAGCGACUUCUGAAAAUUUCCAACAAUUUCUCGAAGACUUCCAAACAACAUUUUGAGCACUUCUGAAGCUAUUUAAAAGGCAAAAAUUUUAGUGUGUUUUGAUUUCAUUUGGACACUAAGGGUGCGUUCCUUGGGGAUGAUCCGGAUCAGGAUGAGUGAUCCGAGAUCACUCGGAUCAUGGUAGAUCAAAUUAACUGAUGAAUUCUUGUCCCAAGUGGAUUCAUCUGUUCAUUUGAUCUACCAUGAUCCGAGCGAUCUCAGAUCACUGAUCCUGAACCGGAUCAUCUCAAGGGAACACACCCUAAGUCAUCAUUCAAAGCCUUUUUCGAAUAUUUUCGGGAAAUUUUAAUUGAAUUUUUACUAUUAAUUAUGUGUUAAAGAAUGUUUGUCAGGAUUUGUGAAUUAGGCGUGCGAAAUAAUUGUCCUUCAUGCGUGAGUUCAAUGUAUUUAGGGGGUUUCAGGUCGGGGGGCUGGUGGGAUUUGACGGGGGCCAUGAAAAAAAAUGGCUUUAAAGGGGGAAGGGAGUCAGGAAAUAUUGGGUUUAAAGGAGGGGGGUCUCCAAUAAAAUUCCCCUAAGUUUUGCAGUGAUGGCAUCUGUAAUAAUGCAAACAGCCUACCAGAAAGCCAAAAACCAGCGUUUCUGACAUUCAGAAAGUUCAGAUUUUUGCGGGUAAGCUUGGACAUUCUACUCUAUUUAUUCACCAAAUCAGGAUGUCGAACAUCACGCAAAUUGUUUUACGGUUGGCUCCUCAAAUUAAACAUUACAAAAUAAAAAUAAGUAAAAAUCAGUGGGAAAUUAAAGGAUACACUAAGUGCCUAGUAAACAGAUAAAAGUGGAAAUAAAGGUAAGAAUAUUUACAAGCUAAAAAUGCACUAACAAGAAUAAAAGUUGAUUAAAAUUUGACUUUAGACAAGCCAUGCUCAAAUGCUUUUCAAAAGAGGGCAUUUGUCCCAAGAGUUGCAAACAACAGUGGCAAAGUUCAGAGUUGUCCAAUGACCCAUCUUUGGGAAGCAAAUGAUUUAUGGAUAUCAUGUUUAGAUAUAGUAUUGUACGAAAACUGCUAUUGAACAAAAUGGGACACAAGUGCAUUGAAAAGUUGUGUUUACCUGGUGCUGUGCAUUGUUAGACAAGAAAUGAUGUUUUGAGUAGUGUAGUGACGAGCGUAGCAUUAAUGACUUUUUUUGUUUCUUCAAAUCUCUUGGCAGGCUGAGACUAUUUUAAUCCAAUAGAGCUAAAGUAAUCUGCAAUUAGGGGUCACUUAUAAUACAAUCAUGUGCCAUCAUAUUAGCAAACCAAAUAAAAACAACCAGGCCAUUCUCACUUGAUAUACAUGUACCAUCCAAUGCAGUAAAUAUUUUAUACAAAACCAAAAAUAACUAAGUUUGCUAUGUUUUGAAACUCCCAAAGUUUCUCUAUUGAUUCUUGUUUUCAAAAACAGACUCCUUUGCAACGUCAUGAUCAGCUUUAUACACAGACAAUGUCUGUUCUCAGCCUAUGGCCAAAACAUCUAUUGAAUUUACAUUCAGUUAGUCAUUUUUCAUUUUUCCUUCAUCCUUUCUCUCUCUCUUGCCUUUUUUUUGGUGGGGGGUGGGGCACCAAAAAAAAACUAUAUAUUACAGAUGCUACCCAUCAAAUCCCACCAGCUCCCCUUCCCAAUAACAAAUGAACAGUCCCUUAGUCCACAGGUGGGAGACUCCUGCGCAAUGCAUGAGAGUUGGCAGGUAUAAGCUUAAAGUAAACUAUAUUUGCUUUUUUAGAAUGAAACGGAUUGUGGUUUUUAUCUCUUGUUUUUCAGUGAUAAUCAAACAAGGAAUAAGGAUGAAGAACACCAGCAUGGUAUUUUCUUUGAUGAUGACUAUGAUUAUUUACAGCAUCUCAAACCUCGCACCAAUUUGUCACUAGAGCCAUUACCAGAUAAUGUCACUGUGAUAGAGACCAAGAAACCUGCAGAUCAGUUUAAGGUACUCAUGACACAUUACUGUGUCAAAGUAGUUUUAAAAUGUGGUAGUUUCCUGGUGUUGCGGACGUGACAGUGUGAUCACCAAAUGAUGUAAUACAACAGACUGUAACCACACACUAAACAAUACCCACUCCAAAACACAAAAAUGAACCAACAAUAAUAUAUUGUUUCUACAACACCAAGAAAAAACAUCCUAAAAUGUUAAAAAUAAGAAAUAAUCUGUUAUAUAGUCUUAAAAGGUUACAGGUUAAAGGUAGUAAAUCUCUAUGUCAUACAGCUCUUCAAGGUGUUGUUGCUAACAGUACAUUGUAUAUUAAUAACUAAAGUGUGUUGUUUUAUUUCUGUUUUAUUUGUCAGUUUGGUAAUGUAAAGUUACCAAGUGAAGCAUUUGCCUCGAGUUAUGAAGAGCCCGAAGGACUCCUUAACCUUGCUGCUCCAACAUUUGGUAAUUUAAAUCUAGUGUCUAAUUACAGCAGCCUACUUAUAAUGACUGUCUUUCUAAGGUCCAUGUUCUUCUGCCACAUUUGUGGAUUAUUAACUGAAUAGACCCUCCUUCCAGGUUUUGAACUUUGACAUGAACUUGUUGGAAAAUCCAUCCAUGUCGCUGGAAAGAGUAGCUAAAAUUCGGUAGACUUGCCAAGGUUUGGAAUGAUACAAUGUAAGGGUACCAAAAUUUUACAGACAUUUGUAUGGUGGGUGGGGGUAUGCAAGUUUGUUCACCCCACAAUACAAAAUUAAUGUCUUUAAAAUUCACAGAAUUUUGCAGAGCUACAUGUAUACAUGUAUCAGUUACAGGUCAAAAUUUAAUUCAGGUUAUAAAUGUUUUAACCUAGGUUGAUUCUCAAUUUCUUUUGUUUCCUAGCCCUAAUUAUUCAUGAAUUAGGGCUAGGAGACAAGGAAAAUUGAGAAUCAACCUAGGUUUAAAACAUUUUGACCUGUAACAAAUCUUUUAUCAAUUCUGACCUAACCACUUUCAAACCUGGCAAGUGUACUAAUUUUAAGUCAUUUUCCAGCAAUAUCAGUAGAUUUUUGCCACCUGGUUUGGUCGAAAGUUGAAAAAAUAGAAAACCCUCUUCUUAUUAACAGCCAUAAAUAGCCCUCUGAUGGUUUUUCUUAUACUAGGCCAAGUUUAUGAUUAGAUUAAUGUUUGAAGUAGUUAUUUGAUAUUUUGAGAUAUCUCGAAUAACCAGGCUAAGUAAAUUAUUUCUCACAGUAAAUUAAUUGUGGUUGUAAAGAAACCUGAAUUUAAAAUCUUGACUUUAAGAAUGUCUCUCUGGAUGCACAUGUUCCUAGUUUGCAACAGAGUCAAUCUAUAGAGGUAAUUGAAGAGCAGUUAAAGUGUAGCCUGCAAGCUAGCUCUCUGGGCACUCUGGUGGUGGGGCGAGAAAAGGAUGGAGAGCUUGCAACUACUUCUCUGGAAUUUGAAUUCCACCUCCAAUUCCCCUGUGGCUCUGCAUUGACUGAGCUGUCAGAUUUCCAUCAAUUAGCGCAAAAUGGAAACGAACAUGAAUGUAAACAAACAUUGAAAAACCUGUACCAAGGGUAAUGACAUCAUUACUAAUGUCAUCUCUGCCAAUCAGCAUUUUGCAUCGACUUUUUCCAUGCAGAUAUUCAGAUUCCAGAGAUGUAGUUACAAGCUCUUCUUCCUUUUCCCACACCGCCACCGGAGCACCCUGGAGAGCUUGCUUGGAGGCUAGUCUAAGUGUAAUGAAGGGAAGAUAAAUGACCAGAUGGAAAUUUGGAAUAAACCCUCCUGGAAUUUUAUUUUCAAGUUUUGGAAAAGUUACCAGAUUUAAAGGUGAUACAUUUAGACUGCUGGAAUAAUUGUCUCAAAAUUGAAAAAAUUGUUACCAAGUUUAAACAUCUUUAAAUUUAAAUGCAAAUAAAAAUAUUGCUAUAUCUUUGCAAAAUUUUCAACAAAUCACAUUCUCUCUAAAACUCAUCCACUUUACAGAGCUAUUUUUUAGUUAAUUUUGACAAAUCUCAUUCUAACUGGUCCCAAUCAAAAGUUGAAAAACACUAUAGAAUUAGGGUUUAUUACUUACUACAUGGUAUUGAACUCCAUUUGAAACAGCUGGUGAUAUUGCUUAUCCUUACAACUUUUUUUUACUUCUUUUAUCUUGUCAGGCCCUCGUCCAGACCUGGACCCCGAUGUUGUUGCCGCUCUGGAUGAUGCACUUGAUUUAAAUGAUCCUGAUAACAUUCUUGAUGACGACUUUGUAAUAAAGGUAAUAACAAUUCAAUGUCAUUGUAAUUUUGUAUCUCAGUGAAUUAAAAAAUUCUCUUUACAAGAUCUACAGGGAGUAAUGUCACAGUAGGAAGUGUAUUUGACGUAAGCUGGUAUUAACCCAUUUGCUCCUGGGAAUUUUGCUGGAAAACGUGUUUUCAAGUUAGUUGAGCCAUUUUCUGGUCAGUGUCUGGCUAUGAAAGAGCUAAAACUUACCAAAAGGCCAUUAACAGGUUGUGCACUUCACAGCCUUUUGAUCCAGAUGCAACAUACUAGCUUGCGAAGCCCUUCAAUGGGAGAAAACCCCAAGGGAGACCACAGAAGGCCUUCUCCAACCAAAUACAGGAAUGGAUAAACCCCAACAAGCAUUUCCCAGAGGAUAACAUCAAUGAUUACACCAAGACCAAGCGAGUAGGAAAUGCCUUACAGUCAACUGCUCUCCAGUUGAUUAAUGAUGAUGAUGAUGAUGAUGUCAUAUCAUGCUUCUUUGAAUGCUUGCCACCAUCAUCACAGCCGUAAUCUUUAUUUAGUGGCUUUGACCACUAAUCAAGUUGUCUUUGUUGUUUUCAGGCAAACAGAGACGGCUAUGAAAGGUAAUUAAAUUUAGGUUGGUGUUUUGUCUAAAGGAUUAGUCAACAAAUGAAACAGCAAUAUUGUUCUUUGUAAUAGGCAAAUUUCACAAAAGAAAUAAUUUUUAUCAACAAACCUCUACCAUUCCUUACGUGCACACUUCAAAGGUCCUUUCUUAGCAGAUUUUUUAUUAGAAAUCUUAACAAUUAUAAAAACUUCUCUCACUGACUGAAUGGUAAUCUUUGUCAUCUGCAGUGAUGAUGACUUGAUCAGAAGUGGUGAAGAGGAUUCUGAUGAUGAUGAACUUAUUCCUUCUGAUGAGGCAGAUGAUUCUGAUUCUAAUGAUGGGAUGUCAUUCUUUGAAGAAGAGGAAACUAAGUCAAGGUUUACAAACUAUUCCAUGACAUCCUCUGUUCUGAGAAGAAAUGAAGGUACGUCAAAUUUUAACUCCUUAAGUCCCAAGAGAGACCAAGAUCAAUUUUCUCCCAACAAUGCAUCUAUACAUUAUCAAGAGAAAAGGUCAUGAGAAAGACAAAAAUGAUCAUCAAAGGGACAGUUCUUGAAUCUUUUAUCAAAUUCUCCUUACUGAUUCGUUAAGGAAAUAUAAGGAGACCAGCCUGGAGAGUUUGUAUGUGGAUAUCAGGGCUUAGAGUUUAGAGAGAGUUAAGUGCAUGUAAGAUUUUGCAAUUUGGGAGAAGUUUUUUAAAACAGUCAAAUUUUGCUUGUCAACUGUACAUGUUUGUUUUAUGUUACAUUGGUGUUAACACAGUUCUGCAACUAACAUUUAUUUUGUAUUUUUAUUUCAGGUUUAAAGCUCAUAGACGAAAGAUUUGAAAAGGUAGGAGCUUAAUAAAUAAGUAAUAAUAACAUGUGAUGGAGAUGGUGGAUAACUUUUGUAAUUAACUAAGACUGAUUUUUUUCCUAGUGUAAUAAUGUUGGUUUUGAACUGAAUUUUAGUUAAUGGAGGAGUAUGACGAAGAUGAAAUUGGUGCCCUCGAUCAUGAAGAACUGGAAGGGACAAUCAACCCUGACAGUGAGCGACUUAAUGCUCUUGCUGAUGAAUUUAUUGAAAGCCAACAGAACCAAGAGUAAGUGAAAUAAUCAAAUAUUUUCCAAUACAGGAUAGAGUUGUGUGAAGGACAAUUUGUACAAAUCAAUGGUUACUUAUUCUGACAACUUGCAUAAUGUUUACAUUUCUGCUAUGGUUGUUAUCUUUAUCACUUCCUUCAAUCAUCGUCAUGGAUACAAAGAUUUUUUUCAGUGGGUUCAGAAGGUCAUGUCUGUGGGCUACAAUUGAUAGAUUUUAAAAAUGUCCUUCAAAUGACUUAGCUCAGAUAGUCUGUUAUGGUAACUAUGAACAGUCAUUAUUGGUGGUCCUGUUUUGAGGUGAAAUAUGGUCUCAGGGUGCUUUCCAAAAGUCAGAACUGGCCAGGAUGGGUCAUUUCGUAAAUGAAAUAGACUUAAUUGGAGUUUUUGCUUAAAAACCCUUCAAAACCCAUGUUUAUUAUUUAGGAAUUGACUGAUCUAGUUGGACUGUUUUGAUUAGCUCCUAAGUGGAGCGGGCAAACAAAGAAAAUCAGCGAGCAAAGCAAGCAGAGCAUGUCCGGGGGGAGAUAAAAAGGCUGGGGAGCCUUUAGACUUUGUUUUGAUGCUGCCCAUCCACCCACUUGCAAUUUCCUGUAACAAAUAUGUCAAUAACCUGCCAAUAAGGUAUUUUGCAUAAAUACCACUCGUGAUAUUUCAAAAUUAUCCCAAAUUUCACUCGCCUAAUGGCUCUUGAAAUUACGUAUAACAAUUUUGAAAUAUCACUCCUGGUAUUUAUGCAAAAUAUCACUACAAAUCAUGCUAUUACCUAUGCUAAUAUUCAUCGUUCACUUGUCUGUACUUGGGUCUGGUUUUCUGAUGUAGUUCUCAUGAAUCAAACUGUUGAUUGCUGAGUUUGGGCGUGCAUUGCAUAUGUACCAGGUAAAUUUGUUUUUGUUGUUGUUUUGUAGCCUUUCUAAGGUGAAGGAGGGAGAAGCUGUCAUGAGCCUUAAUAAUCUUGAUGAUGGCAAUGACAGUGACAGUUGUCCAGAUGAACUGGUGAGAGUAGCUGAGCAACCAAAGGAGAAAUGGGACUGUGAAUCAAUUUUAAGUGAGUACAGUGCUGGCUUAUCAUCAGCAACAGAGAAAUUUGUUUUGUUGGGUGAAAAGGGUGUUAAAAGUAAUAUAACAACUUGCUAAAAUUUUGAAACACUUACAAAUUGCUCAGAUUUUUUUACACGAAUAGCUAUGCCAUUUCCGAGUUCCAAAAACUCUCAUUUUCAAAAUGAGGCUAUAUGGAAAACCUCUCUUGUGGAAGUAGUUUUAUUUGUAUGAGAAUAAAAAAUAAUUUUCAUGUCAAUUGCUUUGCACUUAGCCUCGCUUUGAAACGGCGGCUUGAAGCACCUCGGAAAUGGCCUAUUGGUAGUCAAAUGUAAUGUACAGCUGAUUUUGAACAAGUAUCUGAUACACAUAGUCCUCUCGAGCUGGUGUAUAAUAAUAAAAUUUUGACCCUGCUCCCUCCAGUAGCUCAGUGGUAAAGCGUUCGAUCAUGAACUCAAGAGGGUUGUCAGAGUUUGAAUCUCAUCUGGAGCUCAGAAUUUUUUUCUGUGCUUUCUGAUGUUUGAUUUUUUCUUCUUUCAUAAUAAUUAUUGUUUGGUGCACUAUCUUGAAGGUUUACAGUGCAAUACAAGUAAAUAUUGGCAAUUUGUCAUAGCACGGCUCCAUAAGUAGUCAGCAAACUAGUGUAUACAUUCACUGGUUCUGCGUUACACUUGUGGUAUAGUAAAUAAGUUACUACUCUUGCAGCUCAAGUCCUUGUUUUAAGGUUCUUUGGUUGUACCUGAGUUCAACUUAUUCUUUUCUCUCUCUAUUGCUUGUUUGUGUCACCCUGUUGGCACAUGCUUUGAGAGGAAAAUUAACAUUGCUUUUCAAGUUUUGAGGGACAAUCUAAAAGUGAUAGUUACAGUAUAUAUGCAUUACAUAGUAAGUCUGAUUUGAGGGUUUGGCAGAUAAAACCCACAGAUAGUAAUCUGCAAGAUGAGUAACAAUUUUUAGCGGCUGACCUUCACUUGGUUACUUUGCAGCGUAGCUCUGGUUUCUCGUCCACUAUAGAAAUUUUAUCUUCAGGGGUUUUCGAUUCCUUUUCGCAGCCUACAUUGUAUAAAACUGGUUUAGACCCCCUUUAUAACCUAAUGUUAUAUGUAAAUUUUUUAAAAAAUAGAUAAGAAUUUCAUUCACUCGUUGUGCCUGGCGUUGAAGCUCCUUUUGAAACUGAGUGUUUUUGAAACGGGAAAUGUAAAAAUUACGUCAAAGUUUAAAAGAAUGAUCGUUAUCUACAAGUCACGCGAGGAUAUUUUUCAUCCAUAGCCUCUUUUUUUGUUAACGCUACAGAUUUUAAACUUAUUUUGUUAAGAUUUUAGUGAUACUAAAAUGGGAAACGGAGAGCGGAGAUCGAGCACAGGAAACGGAAAAAUGAAAAAUGGGAAGAAAACAGAGAAUUGGAAAUGAAGUUACUGAUAGGGCUAGGGUUCAAGAGUUAGGUUUUGUUCCCAUUUUCCAUUUUCUCGUUUCCCGCUCUCCGUUCCCCGUUUUAGUAAAAUCCAUUUUGUUACUACUUUAGGUUUAUUUAUUGCCGUUUAUUCGUCAGGUACCUACUCCAAUCUUUACAAUCACCCAACACUGAUCAAGGACCCUCCAAAGGUAUGAAUCUGUUCAAACAGGUUUCUCUUCCACGCUUGGCGGAGUUGUUUGUUUGACUGACCGCGGAAUGUUUCAGUACAUGUUCUAAGGUUUCUUUCCAAACUUGACAAAAUAAAUUUGAGAACGGAAUUUUCGCCCAGAGAAUGUGUUCUCGAAAUAAAAUGUGUAUCGGUCAUGCUGUCGUUUUCAAUAGUCUCUGUUUCCACAUUAUUUUAAUCCUGAUAAGUUGAAACUCCACCUUGGAUGGAUGGAACAGCAGGCGCAUGUCCCUUGAGACCCGCGCUAACAUGAAACAUCGUCAAGUCCUUGGGAAGAGGUUGCCGGGCUAACACGGCGACCACAUAGCUGAUUCGAUGUCAGAUUUUUGGACCAGUUACGUUUUCGGUGACCUUAAAUGCAGUUUUUGUUUGAACAGUGGGCAAAACUGAAGAAAAAAGUGCGUUUUCAGGUUUAUUGGUAUAAAGUAUGGAAGGGGCCUUAAUUACCCUAGGCGAGGCCUAAAACAGUGUCGCUAAAACGGAGCGUGGUGCAUUACAGAAGACCGCUCGCUCUAGUCCUCCUUGCGUUUGAGAUUGCGCUUGUUUUGCUUGUAUUGUUAGCGCAUUUCUUUUCGUAUGCUUAACAGCUUUUUUUUGGUUCUUUUCUAGGUAAAGCCGAUAAAGUUAUCCAAAGCUGGAAUUCCCCUGGGUGUAUUUUCCCAAGAAGGGCCCAGUAAUGCUGUGAAAACAAGUGAUAUUAAAGAAACAGAAGAAACAGAAAGAGACGUGCCUCGCAUUACAGUCAGACAUAAAGAUGAAACAAAGGAAGAGAAAAAACAACGGAAACAGGAAGUGAAGAGUGAAAGAAAGGUUAGUUCAGUUCAUAUCAAUUGCAAAAGGAAAUAA